UGGUUCGGAGGGCCCACAGUCCAGAGUCCGUCCAGAGUCCAGCUCUGUCGGACAGGAGAGCGAGCAGGUGCUCCGAGAAAAAACGACUUUCUACUGGAGGUCCUGUUUCUUCUGGAGUUUGACAGGAAGGCGCGCGCAUGGAGGCUUUGGUCGCUGCUGUGGACCAGGGCACGAGCUCCACACGGGUUCUGGUGUUCAAUGCUAAAACGGCUGAAGUGAUCAGUCAGCAUCAAGUCGAGAUCAGACAAAGCUUCCCCAAAGAAGGAUGGGUGGAGGAGGACCCCAAGGAGAUCAUGCAGUCUGUCCAUGAAUGCAUUGAGAAGACCUGCGAAAAGCUGAGCCAGCUGAAGGUUGACAUCUCCAGGGUUAAAGCAGUGGGCGUGACCAACCAGAGAGAGACAACCCUGGUGUGGGACAGAGCAACUGGGGAACCGCUCUACAACGCUAUUGUCUGGCUCGACCUGCGCACACAGUCAACAGUGGAGAGGCUGAUUAAAAAAGCUCCAGGCGAAAACAAGAACCACCUCAAGCACUUGACAGGACUGCCCAUCAGUACCUACUUCAGUGCAGUGAAGCUGCGCUGGCUGCUGGACAACGUAGACGAAGUGCGUGAGGCGGUGCGCACUGGGCGGGCCUUGUUUGGGACUGUGGACUCCUGGAUCAUCUGGAAUCUAACUGGCGGCAGGAGCGGAGGGGUCCACGCUACAGAUGUGUCCAACGCCAGUCGUACCAUGCUCUUCAACAUUCACUCCAUGGAGUGGGAUCCUGAGCUGUGCAGGUACUUUGACAUCCCAAUGGAAAUCCUUCCAGACGUGAGAAGCUCCUCUGAAGUUUAUGGCUGGAUGAAAUCUGGAACACUCGCAGGAGUUCCAAUCUCAGGGUGUUUAGGCGACCAAUCAGCUGCUCUGGUUGGUCAGAUGUGUUUUGAGGAAGGACAAGCCAAAAACACGUAUGGUACUGGCUGCUUCCUUCUUCAAAAUACAGGAUGCAAACCUGUCAUGUCGAACCAUGGCCUGCUCACCACAGUCGCCUACAAGCUGGGGAGACACAUGCCAUGCUGCUAUGCCCUGGAGGGCUCCGUUGCCAUCGCUGGAGCUGUGGUUCAGUGGCUGAAGAACAACAUGGGCAUGGUGCAGACAUCGUCAGAGAUCGAGAAGCUUGCAGCUGAAGUGGGGACCUCCCAUGGCUGUUACUUUGUACCGGCUUUCUCCGGCCUGUACGCCCCCUACUGGGAGCCCAGUGCCAGAGGCAUCAUCUGUGGACUCACACAGUUCACCAACAAGAAACACUUGGCUUUUGCUGCACUGGAGGCUGUGUGCUUCCAGACUCGAGAGAUCCUUGAUGCAAUGAACCAGGAUAGUGGCGUUCCUCUGACUCAGCUGAGAGUAGAUGGAGGCAUGACCACCAACAGAUUACUGAUGCAGCUGCAGGCGGACAUACUUUGCAUACCUGUUGUGCGACCCACCAUGUCGGAGACCACAGCUCUGGGUGCCGCCGUGGCAGCUGGGGCGGCUGAGGGCGUGGAUGUCUGGAGCCUGAGCCCCGGUCAUCUUCCUCUGAUCAAAUCUGAAACUUUCCAGCCUCAGAUCAACCCAGAAGAGAGCGAUUUCCGCUUUUCUCGUUGGAAGAAAGCUGUGCAGAAGGCCAUGAACUGGGAGACCAUGGAGACCUGCUCCACCAGUGAAGACCAACUGCAGUAAUGCAACAGGACGGGUGGGGGGGGCAGACCUGUGACUGCAAGAAGAACCAAGGUGUAGAUGAAGAUGUGACGGGAUGAUCAGCCCAUGACUGCUGCUCUUCUGAAAUGCUCAUCAGCUAGGAUCCUGUGGAGUUCAAGAUCAUCUAUAUUCUGAUGUAUUUGCAGGCACCAGGUGACAAUGUACCGACUCUUUAUGUGAUACCAACACUGAGCCCUGUCGGAGCUUGAACCUGUUCUACUCCAGCAGCCAGAACCUCCGAGCAUCAGCUCAGAACCAGUAAGACAGAAACUCGGUUUUCUCAAAUCAGGAUGGGAGAUUCUCACACGGACACACUUGAAGUUUGUAUCAUGUUGCAGCAUAGUUGAGCUUUUAUUAGUGGAACUGUUGCCGUGUACUUUUAUGCCUGCACAGACCUGACAGUGUUGAACACAGUGCGUAAGUGACUGGACAGCUGAUUGUUUGACACAUUCGUGGUGAUUUCAUGAUUUGAUCUCUGCUGUUUUAUCUGAUGCUUUGUGUAUUAAAUAGAUGUGCUUUCCUCUCCCUUCCCCAUUGUUUCUGUGCACUCUUCAAUAAAGUUUAUUCAAAUAAAUGCCUGGAACUACAAAA